AAAAAUUCAAAUCUGUGUGCUUCAAGCGGUCAACCUUAUACCAAGUGAUUGUAAAUGGAUAUAUUCAUGUUCGUAGCAUCUGUAAGGAACUUGAAGCCAUAUUUAGAAAAUUCGAAAAUGAUGUAUAUAUGCAUCCCAUGUGUUUGUGUGUGCAUGAUUUACAUAACUCUAUUUCUGAAGCAUUAAUAUCAUAUGAUAGUGAUUCAAAAUGUAAUGAAGAUAAGGUUACAUUGGCAGAGGAUUUGAAAUUGGUUUUUACUUCUAAUACUGAUAAACUUAUAAAUACUUUACAAAUAUCUCUUCAAAGCAUUUAUAAAAAGUACUUGAAAAGAAAUGAAUCGCACACAUCAAGUGAGACAAAAAAGAAUCAGCAAGAAAAUGUAAAUGAUGCAGUAGCUGAUGAAAAAUGUAUCAAGCUGUCUGAUAUUGAAACGAAUCAUUUAAAGCAAAUGCAUUGUGAUUUGGUUGAAGAUAUUAAUUUAUUGAAUGUGAAAAAAAUAAUUUUGCUAGUAGAAGAUCUUUUACAAAAUGCAGUAACCUUUGUCGAGUCAGGAAUUUUUGAUACAAGGUUAAAAUCGCUGUUACUUCAGUGCAACCCUAUGUUGGAACAAUUAGCUUUAUUAGCUCAAUAUUUUUUAACACAGCAAGUAGCUACUCACCGGAUAAGUUGCAAAAUGUUGUCUAUUCUAUUGAAUAUUUUCAGUGAGCUAGGAUUAAAGGGAUUUUGUACUCCUCCUGAAUUCUCUGACGAAAUUGACCAAGGUGAUGGAAAAGAGAACAAAGGUGGCAUGGGACUUACAGAUGGUGAAGGCGAACGUGACGUUUCCGAAAGAAUCGAGAAUGAAGAUCAAUUAGAGGACGCUCAUAAAGAAGGUAUGGAACAAGAACCAAGAGAAGAUAAGGACUGCGAAGAAGAGGAAAAAGGUAUAGAAAUGUCGGAUGACUUUGAUGGUAAACUUCAAGAUCUUAAACAAAAUCCUGACGAUGAGUCUAAUGGAAGUGAUGAGGAUGAAGGCGAUGAUGCUGAUAAACAAAUGGGUGAUACAGAAGAGGGAGCAGAACAAUUGGAUCAACAAAUAUGGGGUGAAGAUGAAGAUGAUAAUUCUAAAGAAGAAAGUAAGGAGCAGGGAGAAGGUGGAGAAGGUCAGGAUACUGGAGAACAGGAAAUGGGCGUUCAAGAGAACGAAGAUCGCACUAACACUAGCAAUCGCGAUCCCAAAGCUAAUAACGAUGGUGAAGAAGAAGCCGAUUCUAAGCAGCAAAAGAAAGAAAUUGAUGACAUGCAAGAACCUGAUGUGAACGAUGAUCAAAUUAAUCCUUAUCAUGGUGAUUUGAAACCGCCACCAGAAACAGAAGCUUUGGAUCUUCCUGAAGAUAUGCAGUUGGAUGAGGGUGAUGUCAAGGAAGAAAAUGCAGAAGAAAGUAAUCCCUUUGAUGUAGACACAAUGAAAGAAGAUGUUAAGCCUCCGGCUGAAGAGAUGAAUGAUGAAAAAUCUACUGAAAAGCAAGAGGAGGAUACAAAUCAGAAAACAGAGCAGGAUUCGAGUGAUGAUGAAGGCGAUUGUGAAUUAGAUAAAAACACAAAGAAAACACAAGAAAAAGAUGAAGAGGAUCAAAUGAAGGAUGAUGAUGAUACUACCACAAAAGGCUCAGAAAUGAAAUAUGAUGCAGAAGAUACUCCAGAGCCCAUGGAAGAUAACAAAAAUGAUGAGCAGAAUUCUGAGGAUCAAAAAACUGAUACUGCUGCUUCCAAUUAUCAACCAUCUGAGAAAAUAGAAGUGGAACCUAUGGAAACUGAUGAGCAGUGCUCAAUUGAUCAGGCUGCAUCAUCAAUGAAACCACAAGAAUUGCCCAAUGAUAAUCAAAAACCGUUUGAUAAUCCUGACCAAGGCAAAGAUUCUGGUGGACAAUCACAAGAAGAAAAUGUGGACAGCGGUUCAAAACAAAAUAAUGAAACUAAUAUAACACGUACUAGUAAGAACACAGAACAACAAGAUGUAGUUCAGAAAAAUCUGAAAAAUCAAGCGUCUCAGGCCAAUGAGGAGCGUAGUUUAGGUGAUAAUAAAGAUAGUUUUGAAAAACAUCUUAAAACAGUGGAUAUAAAUGAUCAAGAAAAUGAAAAUGAUAGUAUCAAUGAUGAAUCAAUGCAGAAAGCUGACAUGUACAGGCACAUUAAAGAUGCUAUGGAAUCUGAUAAGCAGCAGGUGAUGGAUACUGCAACAUCACAGCAAGCUCAGUCAAAUCUAGUGGAUCUAGAAGAAAAUGAUAAAAAUGAAGAAAUAACUGAGGAUGAUGAUGUGCUAAUGGAUGUAGAUUCAGAAAUAGCACAGGAUCUAACACAAGAAGAAUUGCAGGCUCAGAAAUUAGAUUCUAAUGAUAAAAUAAAAAAAGAACAGAACCAAAGAAAGAAAGUUGAUAAUAUGAAUCAAGAAAUUGAUACUGAGCAAAUAGAAAUAGAAGGUGAAAAGAUUCUGACCUACAAUGUGGAAAGAGUUGCUGAAAAUACAUUUUGCACAAGCAUGGAUAUUAAAGAAGAUUAUCACUCAGAAACCAACUUAGAUAUUUCUCAAAUAGAAGAGAUAGAACGAAGAUUACAAGAAAAUCUUUUGGCGUCUUACGAACACCAGCCCAUGGGUUCUACUGAAUGGGAAAAAUUAUGGUGGCGCACUGGUAGUCAAGCGCGUGAAUUGUGUGAACAAUUGAGACUGAUAUUGGAACCAACACUAAGUGCCAGGCUGAAAGGGGAUUACAGGACUGGACGUAGAAUAAAUAUGCGAAAGAUUGUGCCAUAUGUAGCUAGUGAAUUCAGAAAAGACAAGAUUUGGUUAAGAAGAACCAUGCCUAGUAAAAGAGAAUACAGGAUUAUCAUUGCUAUUGAUGAUUCAAGCUCAAUGAGUGGCAACCAGUCAACCGAAAUGGCAUGUGAAAGUGUAGCUCUUGUUUCACAAGCUCUCACUCUACUUGAAGCGGGUGAUUUAUCUGUUUUGAGUUUUGGUGAAGUUCCUAAAAUUAUUCAUCCUUUCCGAGAACAAUUAACAUCUCAAACUGGAUCAAGAAUAAUUAACCAACUAACCUUCCAGCAAAAGAAAUCUCACUUUGCGAAAAUGCUAGACUUUGCAGGAAUCAUGUUCGAAGAGAAUUCAGGCCAAGCAGCUGACUUACUAAUUAUUGUUAGUGAUGGAUGUAUAAGUAGUGAAAACCAGGAAACAGUGCGUCAGGCCGUGCGUCGUUUGCGGCAAGCGAAAAUAUUUAUUAUAUUCCUCAUUGUGGAUAAUGUGAAAAACAAUUGUUCUUUAGUUGAUACUCGCAUUCCUUUGUUCAAUGAUAAGCAACAACUUAUAGGAAUGCAAUGGGCUAUGGAUGUGUUUCCAUUUCCAUUUUAUCUAUUUCUGCGAGACCUCUCUUCCUUACCAUCUAUACUCAGUGAUGCCUUGAGACAGUGGUUUGAUUUGACUACAAAAAGUGUCAUGUAAAAUUUAAGAUAAUAGGAUAAAAGUCAUAAAUGGAUUUUGCAUUGGCGUAAUCUGCAGGAUUGGUAGUAGUUGCCAUUGUCGCUACACUAAUUGAAAAUUCAUAAUAAUUGUGACUAUCAUAUGAGUAUUCAUUUUGAAACCUACUUACUUCGGAG